AUGGCGAACAUGAGACAUACUACGCUCGACCCUGCUCACCAGGAACAAGGCAAUGGAGAGCAACUGCCCAGUCAACCUCUCCCUCAAAAUCAACUUAAGGAUACACCUUAUCAAAUGCCCCAGCCUAAUGAGUCCCGAAACUAUGAAGACGGGGCAGAUUAUGAGGAAGAUUACUACGAGGAAGAUGGGGGAAAUGAAAGGGAGGAUCCUACAAUCCUAGAAGAAGUAGACCCCGACCAGGAGGACCCAGAAGUGAUCAAACUGAGGCAACAAGUCCUGGACCAGGAGGCCAGGAUACCUGAACAAAAAGAAGACACUCGCCAAAUGCAAGAAUCCCUCCUAGCUCUGCAAGCUUUCAUUGCUGCCCAAGGGAUGGCGACCAACCCUCCAGUUGUUCCGCCUCCAGGAACACGACCAUCUGCCCCACCGAUUAGGGCCAACGCGCCUGAAAACGCGAGGUCGAUCCCUCCUCCGGGACAAGAUCCCGGACACGGCCCCUCUAACCUGGCUCAAGAAAAAGGGAAGGCUAAAUCGACUGACCCUGAGGGAAAAGCAAACCCCCAGCGGAAAACUCCCCCCGUUCAGAAAACCGGGGCCAACCCAGGGCCGCUCCCUAAGAAAGAGAAGGUGCGUCCCAUCCCAGGAUGGGAUCACCCAAUCAAUCUGCAAAAGAUGCGUCCGUAG